AUGAAACCAAUUGUUCUUCAUGGGCAUGAACGUUCAUUAACCAAAAUUUGCUACAAUCGCGAAGGUGAUCUUUUAUUUUCAGCCGGUAAAGAUAAAAUUCCAUCGGUAUGGUAUUCCGUCAACGGAGAACGUUUGGGAUCGUAUAAUGGACAUAACGGUUCCGUCUGGACAAUAGAUGUUAAUUGGGAUACGACAGCAUUUGUAUCUGCAUCUGCUGAUAGUACUGUUCGACUUUGGGAUGUUCAAACAGGACGCGAACGUAAUAUUUUCAAACUCGAAGCACCAAGCCGUUGUUGCGCGUUCAGCUACGAUGGAAAUAGAAUUUUAUACACAAACGACGAUGUCAUGGGCAAGCCGUGCGAAAUGUACGUAGUCGAUAUCAGAGCGCGACCCAGUGAAGGUGCAUCGGCUCGUAUUAAUAUAACACAAAAACAACUUCGAAAAGUAACAAGUAGUUUAUGGGGUACAUUAGAUGAAUUUAUCGUUACUGGCCAUGAUAACGGUGAACUUGUUCAAUGGGAUCUCAAAAGUAUGGACGAAGUUCGAAGAGAGAAACCACAUGGCGGACAAAUUAUGGAUUUACAAACUAACAAGGAUAUGUCCUUCUUAAUUUCUUCAUCCAAAGAUAACACAGCUAAGUUAUUUGAUAUCGAAACAUUAGAUCAUUUGAAAACAUAUGUCACCGAACGACCAAUCAAUUCGGCUGCCAUUUCCCCGUUGAAAGAUCAUGUCAUACUUGGCGGUGGUCAAGAAGCUAUCGAAGUCACCCAAACUUCUGUUCAAACAGGUAAAUUCGAAGCCCGGUUUUUCCACUUGAUAUUCGAAGAAGAAUUUGCCCGAGUCAAAGGUCAUUUUGGACCCAUAAACACAAUCGCUAUUCAUCCCGAUGGAAAAAGUUAUGCCAGUGGUGGUGAAGAUGGUCUCGUGCGAGUACAUCACUUCGACAGUGAUUAUCUUGAUUAUGAUAUUGCUUACUAA